GACCGUGCGGAAUAAAACUCCAGUCGUUUUGUAUUCCAAGAGCGGAGAAACGCAAAAACUUCAUUUGCGAAGUUUCUACUAUGGAUUUGCAGUCACCUUUGACGCCUGUUUAACGGGAGUUUUCGCUUCUGAUGUAUUUCGGCACCGAUGGCUCUAUAAAUGCACUGACGAAGAAAAGGGAGCUUUAAGUGCAGCACGCUAAGCGAUAGGUAUUAGUAUUUUGUCGGGCGAAUAGUGUGGCGACAGUUCAGAGGUGGUUUGCUUCUGGUGCGUCAACCCUUGUUACGGAUCCCCAUCGACGGAGUACAACAACUCCGACCAAACAGUGGAGUGUUUUGACGAAGAGUCUCGUUGGAUCUCCGCGCCCUUGGCUCUGUGUUGCUGAAGUUGUCCCGGCGGUACGGUGCAGCCACGCCGGGGAAAGGCACAGAGCGACGGCCGCUACUCUCCGGCUAGCUCGCCUGCUGCUUCUGCUUCUCGGAUAGAGGCCUCGUUGGUGAGGCGACAAUGCUUGACAUAAUGUCUGAACACCAAGAUUCACUGUUGACGUGCAAAACGGAAUCUCUGCCCCCAGAGAGGAAAAAGAGGACAGUUGAGGACUUCAACAAGUUCUGCAGCUUUGUCCUGGCUUACGCUGGUUACAUCCCCAGUCCAAAAGAGGAAAGUUCAUGGUCCCCAACAUCAUCCAGCUCUGCACACAGUUCAGGGCUAUCAGCAGAUGGGGGCGGUGGAGGCAGCAGCUCCAUGGGCAACACUUGGGCAGACGGGAGCUCCGACAUCCACACCAUCCACACGUUUGUCCACAAAGCCCGGGCAAACAAGGGCAAAAGUAUUCGUCGCAUGCACUCUGAUAGCACCCUGCUGGACAAGAUGCGCCUUAAAGACUCCCUGUAUGAGAGCCAGGCCAGCUCGAAGGCAGAGCGCAAGAAGGACAAAAAACUGAAAAAGCUGUCGCUGGGCUCUGGCAUCACGGCGGCAGACAGUGGGAGCAGCGAAGGCGAGAAAAGAGCCCGCAUCAAACGCAGCAAAAACUCAAAACAGCCAAAACCUAAGAAGCUCAAGAGUUCAACUGCUCAAAGCGAGACAGACUCUGAGACACGGAAUACACACACCGAGGUACGAGCCGUCAGGGACGAGCUGUCGAUGCACGGGGGUUCCACGUCGAGCAUGCACGGCUUGGGGAAGAUGCAGGCGGACGAAUCCAUGAGGGAAGCGGAAAUGAGCUCCAGUGAGGGUGAGACCUGGAUUGCCGAUGAAGACAUUAUGGUUGAAUCAGGGGAUGAUUCAUGGGACUUGAUCACCUGUUACUGUGGGAAGCCAUUUGCAGGACGGCCGAUGAUCGAGUGCAACCAGUGCAGCAUAUGGGUGCACUUGUCGUGCGCGAAGAUCAAGAAGUCAAAUGUUCCCGACAUCUUUUACUGCCACAAGUGCAGGGACUUGCGCCGCACAUCGGGCCACAAAAAAGACACCUAAAGACGAAGAGGACGGACUCGGAGGCACUGUUUUUUGCUGUCCUCUGACACUUAACUUUCUUUGAUGCCUACAGCCAAAACAGCCUAAAUUAUCACCCGAAUGGCAACUGUAUUGUCAGUUUGUAGGACUUCUUUUGACAAUCACAACCAUUCUUAUUUAUCCCUCACUUCCUUUUUUUCCCCCCUUUUUUUAAUUUGGCUACUGUGAAGAACUGGACAGAAGGCAACGGUGACAGUUGAGAAUCAUUUAUAUGUGUCUGCAUUAAUUGGCUUUAUUGUUAUUUGCCGUGCACAUGCAUUUUCACACUUCUCGACUUAUUUCUUGAGAAUAUUGACAAAUCUGUGGAAAAUUUAGUCAACAUUCUCCACUCAAUAGCCAUUUUUUUUCUCAACGUUAUCUCAAUGCAAUAUUUACACAUUGACAAAAGUAAACCUUAUAUAUUGUAAAGCUUAAGAGGUGGAAAAUAUCACUCCUGUUGUUUGUUUUGUGUUUCUCAUAAAGCGAAGCGGGCAGCUCAUUUUUCUUUAUUCUGGCCAUUUGAGUUUUUUUUUGUUUUUGUCGUUGUCAGUGGCGAUCACUGAAAAAUGUAGAGAUCUCACUCCUCUGAAAUAGUUUUAAUUCACGUAAUCGGCUAACAUUAUUUGUUUGCAUCUGCAAAUGCAUCCAAGUAGCACUCAGACAAUUAUUUUUAGCUGUGCACUUUAAAAAAACAAACUAAAAUACGUUUCCACUACUCACAUGGGUUGAAUUGGAGAGUGUUCAUAAGCUGCAGCUGGUUAAAUCUGUACUUGGCUGUGUACAUUUUAAUAAUCUUAACUUUCUCACUGUCCGGCUUGUUAAUCAAUCACAGAUAGCCAUUUACCAUGAACAACAUUUACAUUGAAAGCUGUUGAUGUUUUUGUUUCUUGUGUUUCUUUUCUGUUUAUCAAGUCAUUUGAUAUGAGGGGGGGUAAUGUUGCUGUAAUGGUUACAGUGCUUUACGAAGUGGCUUUGAGGCUCGUUUAUGAAUGGUUGUAAAAAAAUAUUUGUUUUUCUAUUUUGCGUAACUGUUUAUUUCUUAGCUUUCUGAGAAGCGGGGAUUAGAGACGGCGCCCGCGACAGAGAGAGGUCGUAAGGUUGUCUCACAUCGAGAACAAAAAGUCGUAGUGUACAGAAAUAUAAGUUGAGGCUGCGUAGGUUGUGGCAUUCGUUUAUGUUAUUUGGUUUUACCAUGUGCUUUUUCUUUUUGUCAGUGAGAGAGUCUUGGUAAGUCUCCAGUAGCAGUUGCACUCUCUGUACAACUUCAGUUCUGUGUACAUAUCCUAUUCUUCGACGACUGUACAUAUGUGAAAGUGAAGAGAGAAAAUACCCAAGCAAAUUCUAUAUUUUCUGCGGUCUGAUAUUGUUUUCUUUAAUUGUAGCUUGAAAAAUAAAAGUCUUUGGGAACUUA